AUGAGCCGCUCGAAAGAAGCAGAUGCUUCGGCUUCCAGCCGGAAGAACCACUCCAGCUACUUAGACGACGAUAACAUUCCCCAGGACGCCCCCGCUGGCGUUCAGAAAAUAGAGGCCACGACGAAGGCCUGGUCUCGGAAAACGCUCAUCACCGCCUACGCCAUGAUGUGGCUCAUUUACUUUGUCAAUAAUACGCAACAGGGCAUGGCGUUUGCACUGACCCCCUAUGUCACGGGGCGCUUCCAGAAGCAUGCUUCCACAGCCACCAUACAUGUUAUGGCUAGUCUGAUCGGUGGCCUGAUGAAGUUGCCGCUCGCCAAGGUGCUCGAUAUCUGGGGUCGUCCUCAUGGCUACGCCUUCUGCGUUGCCCUCUUGACCACUGGCUUGGUCAUGAUGGCGUCUUGCAAGAACCUCGCCAUGUACACCGCCGCACAUGUCUUCUACUCGGUUGGAUAUAGUGGUCUCUCAUAUACCAUGAGCAUCUUCAUUGCAGACACUUCGGCACUCAAGAACCGAGGACUCAUGCUUGCUUUUGCACUUUCACCUAACAUCAUCACGGCCUGGCUCGGCGGUCCAAUUGGGAAAAGCAUCCUCGUCGGCCCUGGAUUGGCUUGGGGAUUUGGCAUAUUUUCCAUCGUCAUCCCUGUCGUCACAAUGCCGCUCUUCGGCAUCUUUGUUUACAGCUACUACCAAGCCAAAAGGCAGGACCUCGUUUUCGAUGUCAUUGGCCUCUUCCUUGUCACUGCCGGUUUCGCCCUCUUCCUGCUGCCGUUCAACCUCUACCAGAGACAACCUGAAUUGUGGAGAUCACCCAAGAUCAUUGCAAUGAUGACUAUCGGUGGCAGUCUCCUCGUGACUUUCGCCCUAUGGGAGAGAUUCUUCGCGCCUGUCAAGUACCUCCCCUGGGGCCUCUUGACCAACCGCACGAUACUUGGCGCCUGCGCCCUCGCCACCGUCAUAUUCAUUAGCCAUAAUCUCCGGGACUCCUAUUACAUUUCUUUCCUACAGGUAGUCGACGACCUCGAUCUCACGACGGCAACUUAUAUCACCAACAUCUAUAGCGUUGGGUCCUGCAUCUGGUGCAUCCCCGUUGGUAUUGCCAUCCGCCUGUCUGGCCGCUUCAGGUGGCUCGCCUGGUACUUUGGCGUACCACUCACUAUACUGGGCGUCGGUCUCAUGAUCCACUUCGAACAGCCAGGCAUCAGCAUUGGAUACAUCGUCAUGUGCCAAAUCAUGAUUGCUUUCGCCGGCGGGACGCUUGCCAUUUGCGAGGAGAUGGCUGUCAUGGCCGUCGUGGAGCAUCAGUACCUUGCGGUGGUCCUGGCCAUUGGGGGAAUGUUUGCCAGUAUCGGCGGGGCCAUUGGCGCCACAGUGGCCGCAGCCAUCUGGCAAGAUAUCUUCCCCAAGAGGCUCAUGAAGUAUCUCCCCGCUGAAACCAAGGGGAACUUCACCGCGAUAUACGGGGCCCUUGAGGUACAAAGAUCUUACCCAGUCGGAUCGGCGACCCGGGAUGCCAUUGUCCGUGCUUACGGCGACACACAGAAAACCAUGCUCAUAGCCUCGACGGCUGUUUUGGCUCUUGCCAUAGCCUGCGUGGGCGUUUGGAAAGACCUUCGCGUGAAGGAUUUCAAGCAGACCAAAGGCAACGUCGUGUAA